AUGGGUGCAUCCAAAGGCGACCUCAGGGCUGCACUUGUCCUCACUGCUGCCCUCAGUCUUCCCCAUGUCAGAGAAGGCCACUUCACCCUUCCUGUUGCCAAGGCCCUGCACCUGGUGAUCAUCCUCAUCUACUUUCUUUCUCCUGCCCUUGCAGUCUACUGUGACUUGGCUGAUGUCCCUGAGUGUGGACUUCAUUCUGGGCUCUGUACACACGUACCCUUGCUUUUAGAGCCAUGUGAGGUCCCCAAGCUGCCAGAUGGCAUCUGUGAUCGUCUUUCCCUCUGUCCCACAGAUAACUGUAUCCAGAGGACCCCCCGGCCACCUGUGGAGAGUGUGCACCACAACCCUCCGACCAUCGAACUCUUACACCGCCCUCGGUCACCCAUCACGACAAAUCACCGGCCUUCUCCUGACCCCGAGCAGCGGCCCCUUCGGUCCCCCCUGGACAACAUGAUCCGCCGCCUGUCCCCAGCCGAGAGGGCCCAGGGACCCAGACUCCACCAGGAGAACAACCACCAGGAAUCCUACCCCUUGUCCGUGUCUCCCAUGGAGAACAAUCACUGCCCGCCGUCGUCCGAGGCCCACCCCAAGGCCACCAGCCCCCGGCAGGAGAGCACGCGGGUCAUCCAGCUGAUGCCCAGCCCCAUCAUGCACCCCUUGAUCCUGAACCCCCGGCACUCCGUGGACUUCAAACAGUCCAGGCUCUCCGAGGACGGGCUGCACAGAGAAGGGAAGCCCAUCAACCUGUCCCAUCGGGAAGACCUGGCUUAUAUGAACCACAUCAUGGUCUCCGUGUCCCCUCCAGAAGAGCACGCCAUGCCCAUUGGGAGAAUAGCAGACUGUAGACUGCUUUGGGAUUACGUCUAUCAGUUGCUCUCUGACAGCCGGUACGAAAACUUCAUCCGAUGGGAGGACAAAGAAUCCAAAAUAUUCCGGAUAGUGGACCCCAAUGGACUGGCUCGGCUGUGGGGAAACCAUAAGAACAGAACAAACAUGACCUAUGAAAAAAUGUCCAGAGCUCUGCGUCACUACUACAAACUAAACAUUAUCAGGAAGGAGCCAGGACAGAGGCUUUUGUUCAGGUUCAUGAAAACCCCGGAUGAGAUCAUGAGUGGCCGGACGGACCGUCUGGAGCACCUCGAGUCCCAGGAGCUGGAUGAACAAAUGUACCAAGAAGACGAAUGCUGAGGGUCCCACGCUGGGCAGUGACGAGGGAAGCUGCCCACUGUGACUGCAGGACAGCUGACAAGGCAGAGACCCAGAAAUGGCAGACCAGGAGGGACCCAGAGCACCUUACACAAAACACCCAGGGAAGGUGGGGCUGGCAUUCCGGCGGAGGACAGAGCCUCACGUGUCACAUUGCCUUCUCUCUUGGACUCUGUCCAUCUGUAACUCCUCACCCUCCACAUAACUGUUCGUCUCCUGGUGUUUUUGUUUUUGUUUUUUUAAGAACACACAGUUUGACUUUUCAUUGUUCAUACAGGGGAAGACAUCAGACCUUGUUUUCCUAUGGAAAUCUAUAUCAAUUAUAUAUAUAUAUAUUUUUUGCAAAUCUUACGGCCAGCCCAGCUGGUCAGGAAAGAAUACUGCAGGAAGGGUCAGGUUUUUUUUUUUUUCCUGCCACGUGGGUCAGGUUUGUCUUUAUUGCAGUUGGGUCUUGGCUGAAAAAAGAAAAAGAAAAAAAGAUGCUUUUUAAAUGAUCACACAGAAAGGAGGGCUGUCUUUUGCUCUCUCCUGCUCUCCUUCCUUCCCAGCUGCCCUGUCCUUCCUGUCGGGCUGCUGCACACCACACACUUCAGCCUGUCAGAGAGUCUUGGAGACAGUUAGCACUGAAAUAGAUCAGUGACCUGGUUGCUUUGUGGCUUGCAGCCACAAUCCCACAGUCAAAUCCCCUUCCUGGCACUCAGCCACCCAUCUGGAGGACCCAAAAACCUCACAGGUACUGCUGUAGCCCAGAAAGAUAAGUGCCAUUCCAGUGGCUGUCCCUGACAAGGCAGUGAGAGCCUUGAUGAGUCGGAGGCUGGCCACGUGAUUCGGAGGGCCCCAGCCACUGGUGUUCACUUGCAAGUCCUACAAGAGGGAAAUACAGAGCCCACACGGGCCUGGCGGGCCAGAAACUAGCGGAACUGUUUUACAAUGGGGAUUUAGUUUUCUGAAACAGGUUAUUAGGGCUACUGAGAAAGAAAGGCUCCUCCUUGGUCCAUUCCAAAGGCCAUCUUGUAGUCACUUUUCAUGUCCUGCUGGAUUUUUUUUUUUUUUCAAUUCCUAGCCUUUUUUAAAGUGUCCUGGUCCCCACUGAACACAGAACAAUAGCAGCUAGUGUUCGCCCAGCCCCAGCAGACAGGAAACUCCUCCAAUGCAAGACUUUUCCUUUCCUUCUUCCCUUGCUGUGUUUCAGAAAGGACCCCCCAUUUGUGACACUUUUUCACCUCAAAAUAAGGUCGGUAGGCCCUUGGAAAGAGGUAGUGCCAUCCGUUCUUCUGAUGAUAGCAGGUGUUUUUAGAGACUGUUUUAGGGGUUUUUUUUUCCCCCUUUCUAGCCAUCUGAAUUGAUUCUUCCAACAGGCUUCAGACAGUCACUAUUUGGAGUGGAGUGUUUUGAAAUCCAGAAGACGGGGCCUGCCUUACAAAGCACCCUUACCCGUUUCUAUUUCCUCUGCUCCAUUGGGUAGCCAACUCCCAGUUCUCCCAGUCACACGUGUGCUCUGGCAGCCCCUGGGCUUGUCCUCUAGCCAUUUCUGAGUUGAGUCAGGCACAGAGGUUGGGGACAGAGGCAGUAUUCCUCAGGCCUUCCUGACAAGGUCACCAGCCUGGGAGAGGGAAUAGGAGAGGGCAAGUAGAUGGACUACGGUUAAAGACACUGGAACUGAGGAGCCAAUCAGGGCUUUUCGGACUUACUCUGUCCCUGCCUCUUAUCAGACACAGGUAGAUACAUGGGGGGUGGCCAGCCUGCUCUUGGUAUCACACAUGCCCCACAUUCUGCUUCUGGGAAGUCCACAUCUUCUGAGUAAAGGGUUUGGGGCUCAGACUUCUUGAACAAGAUUCUGAUAGACUCCAGCAUGCUGAAGAUAACUUUAAAGAACGUUCAGGUAGCCGGAUAUGGUGGUGCACACCUGUAAUCUAUUUGGGAGGUGGAGGUCGGAGGAUCACAAGUUCAAGACCAGCCUGGGCAAAGUUAGUG